ACCUCCGGCUUUGGAGCUGUGACCCAGCACACCAGCUGUGGGACCAGUACAUCCGGGUUUGGCAGCACCAUCUCAGCGCCCUUCACAUCUAUGGUGUCAGCAGGCCCCACUGGCAGUGGGAGCUUUGGGACAAGCGUGCCUGCCCCCCACAGCAGCCCUACCACCGGGGCACUUGGCUUUGGGUCAGGGCGGAGUGGGAGAACUGGUCCCAAGAACCCCUUUUGGGGAGCCUUAAAACCGAGCUCCCUGGGUGCAGCUGGCCAGAGCACACCAACUGCUUUCCAUGUGGCCAGCACGCCUCAGAACACUCCUGGGUUUGCAGCCAUCACCUCGGCCUUUGCAGCUAUGACUCUGACCACCAGCAGUGGGAGCAGUAGGUCAGUGGUCGGCAGUACUUCUUUAUCACCCAUCACGUCCAGGGUGUCAGCAGGUCCCGCUGGCAGUGGGGGUUUUGUGAUCAGCAUGGCUGCCCCCGACAGCAACUCCACCACUGGGUCAUUCGGAUUUGGGUCAGGAUGGAGUCGGAGAACUGGUCUCAAGAACCCUUUCUGGGGCGCCUUGAAUCAGAACUCCCUGGGUGCAGCUGGCCAGAGCACACCCACUCCCAUCCACGUGGCCAGCACACCUCAGGACACGUCUGGGAUUGCAGCCAUCACCUCGGCCUUUGCAGCUAUGACCCUGACCACCAGCAGCGGGACCAGUACAACAGGGUUUGGCAGCACCAUCUCAGUGCCCUCCAGGUCCAGGGUGUGAGAAGGUCCCGCUGGCAGUGGGGGCUUUAGGAUGAGCAUGGCGGCCCCGCGACAGCAGCUCCACCACUGGGACAUUCAGCUUUGGGUUAGGACGGAGUGGGAGAACUGGUCUCAAGAACCCUUUCUGGGGAGCCUUGAAUCCGAACUCCCUGGGUGCAGCUGGCCAGAGCACACCCUCUCCCUUCCACGUGGCCAGCCCACCUCAGAACACGUCUGGGUUUGCAGCCAUCACCUCGGCCUUUGCAGCUAUGACUCUGACCACCAGCAGUGGGAGCAGUAGGUCAGUGGUCGGCAGUACUUCUUUAUCACCCAUCACGUCCAGGGUGUCAGCAGGUCCCGCUGGCAGUGGGGGUUUUGUGAUCAGCAUGGCUGCCCCCGACAGCAACUCCACCACUGGGUCAUUCGGAUUUGGGUCAGGAUGGAGUCGGAGAACUGGUCUCAAGAACCCUUUCUGGGGCGCCUUGAAUCAGAACUCCCUGGGUGCAGCUGGCCAGAGCACACCCACUCCCAUCCACGUGGCCAGCACACCUCAGGACACGUCUGGGAUUGCAGCCAUCACCUCGGCCUUUGCUGCUAUGACCCUGACCACCAGCAGCGGGACCAGUAGCUCAGUGUUUGGCAGUACUACCUUAUCGCCCGUCAUGUCCAGGGUGUCAGCAGGUCCCGCUGGCAGUGGGGGUUUUGUGGUCGGCAUGGUUCCGCCCCACAGGAGCUCCACCACUGGAUCAUUCGUAUUUGGGUCAGAACGGAGUGGUAGAACUGGUCUCAAGAACCCUUUCUGGGGAGCCUUAAAACCGAGCUCCCUGGGUGCAGCUGGCCAGAGCACACCCACUCCCUUCCACGUGGCCAGCACACCUCAGAACACGUCUGGGUUUGCAGCCAUCACCUCAGACUUUGGAGCUGUGACACAGACCACCAGCAGUGGGACCAGUAAUUCAGUGUUUGGCAGCACUACCUCAUCGCCCUUCACGUCUGUUGUGUCAGUGGGCCCUUCUCACAGUGGGGGCUUUGGGAUGAGCGUGGCUGCCCCCCACAGCAGCUCCACCACUGGGGCGUUCGGCUUUGGGGAGGACAGAGUGGGAGCACUGGUGGCAUGACCCCUUUCUGGAGUGGCUUGAUUAAGAACUCUCUGGGUGCAGCUGGCCAGAGCACACCCUUUGCCUUCCACGUGGCCAGCAUGCCUCAGAACACGUCUGUGUUUGCACAUCAGAUUUGGAAUGGGCUCGCUGCCGGAGUCCAGCUCCAGCUGACGUGUGGGUCACGAAGGAAAGGACAGCGUCAGCGAGUGAGAUCAAUGAGGAGACAAAACACCCAAUUAAAGUUGUAACAUCUCCUGACAUCAAGCAGCAGGGUCUUUAUUUUUGUAUCUUUUUACGGUUUACAUAAUGUUGAACAUUUUUUAAAAUUAUGAAUAAUACAAUCCUUUUUCUGUCAGUUUACGUAAUUUCAGCUUAUUACCCUUAAUUAAAUAUCAUUAUUUCUUCUAA